AUGGUACGGCACAAUAGUACAUCACGGUCUACUGAUAUCGGUAUCUACGUAGGCUUCUUUGAAAUACUCUUCCUGGCUGCGCAGGCCUUGACAUCGAUAUUCUGGGUCGCCAUGGCAAACCGGUUCGGUGACAAGACGAUACUCAUCUACGUUCUUCUUGGCACAACUAUCAGCUCGGCCAUCUUGGGAUUUUCUUCGUCACUCUGGCAAAUGGCACUCUGCCGAUGCUUCCUGGGAAUACUGUCGGGGGGUGACGUCGUCAUCCGCGUUAUGAUCGGGAAACUGUGCACGACGGAGACAGCGGCUACUCAUGGGUUCAGCCUAUCUUCCUUUGCCGGAAAUAUUGGAAUGGCCUCCGGACUUGUUAUCGGUUAUUCUCUUGCCAAUCAUGUUGGCCACUACGCGACCAUUCUCAAAACCAAUUCUUUUUUUGAGCAACAUCCGUUUUCCCUCCCGGGAAUUGUUAUUGGUAUCAUGAGUGCGGUUUGCGCCAUCGUCGCUGCACUGUUCGUGGAGGAUGCUAAACGAGACACUAAUGAGGCCUCGGAUGAUACCCCAUCUACGAGCUCCUUACUACCAUCCUGGACGUUUCUUCGAGAGCUAAUCCGAUCUUCUGGUGCUAUUCGCACAAUUUCUUCGUUCAUCAGUAUAAGCCUGCUUGGAUCUGCUUUCACGGCCGUGGCAACACUCGCACUUUACACAGACAUCAGCCAAGGCGGCCUGGAAUUCCCAAGUCACGAAAUUACGCUGUACAUGAUCUACCAGGGCGCUUUCGCAGCGUGCUGGCUGUUUGUGAUUUACCCAGCGUUAUACCAACAUUUUGGUACACAAAACAUCAUCUCAGCAAGCCAGGUUAUUUUUCCUUUCUUAUUUCUGAGUUUCGGCAUCAUGAAUGCACUUGUUCUCUCUGGUAGCGAACCUGAUUACUUCCUAUUCCGGGUCGUUCUGGCCGUGAUGACAUUCAUGGGGGCCGCUAUCUACAUGGCAGCUACAGCAGUCUAUGUUGGCUUGCAAGGGAGGCGGCUUCUUGUCUUCUAA